AUGGACGUCCAAAGCAAGGCUUGCUGUACUCGGCCGCCUGUCCAGCUCAGUGGAGGCUAUGAUAGCUAUACGCUGAAGGGGAAGUACACGGAGUAUAAUGGCAUGAAGACCUAUGAGACUGGACCACUUAAUGCAAAGAGGGGUAUAUUCGUUGUGUAUGACGUUUUCGGUUUAUACAUCCAAUCCCUUAAAGGUUGCGAUAUCUUGGCGUACAACUAUGACGAUCAGCCUGACAAUGCUGGCCACUACCAAGUUUUCCAGCCAGACUUCUUUGGAGACCAUCCUCAACAGAUGGAAAAUUUCCCUCCAAAGAAUCCGAAGCAAUUCAAGGCUAUCACGGAUUUUAUGAGUGGGUAUGGGGACCCCACAAAGACGGUUCCCCUGAUCGCUCCUAUCCUGAAGGAUAUCAGCAAAAAGCAUCCAGAGAUCGAAUCGUGGGCGAUUCUUGGAUUCUGUUGGGGCGGCAAGAUAGCCUCGUUGGUCUGCCAGGAAGGCACGCCAUUUAAGGCUGCAGCGCAGUGUCACCCUUCUCUAGUGGAUCCCGAAGAUGCGAAGAAGGUUACUGUUCCAAUAUGCACCUUACCUAGCCAAGAUGAAGUGCCUGAAGUUAUCCAUGAGUGGCACAACAAUGUCAAGGUGAAUAACCCAGAUAGCUACCUUGAAUUCUUCGCUGACCAAGUUCAUGGUUGGAUGACAUCCCGCGCUGAUUUUAAUAACAUCCACUGCUACGAGGAGUACUUGCGCGGAUAUCGGAUUAUCCGUACCUUCUUCGCUCAAUUCUUGUAA